AUGAAUCCAGGUGCUCCUAGCUACCCUAUGGCAUCUCUUUAUGUUGGGGACCUCCACCCUGAUGUUACAGAGGCUAUGCUUUAUGAGAAGUUUAGCCCCGCUGGGCCGAUUUUGUCCAUUAGAGUCUGCAGAGACAUGAUUACACGUCGAUCUCUUGGCUAUGCUUAUGUUAAUUUUCAGCAGCCGGCGGAUGCUGAGCGUGCUCUGGACACAAUGAACUUUGAUGUCAUCAAAGGCAAACCAGUGCGCAUCAUGUGGUCCCAGCGUGAUCCAUCUCUGCGUAAAAGUGGCGUUGGAAACAUCUUUAUCAAAAACCUUGAUAAGUCCAUUGACAAUAAGGCUUUAUAUGACACAUUUUCAGCCUUUGGAAACAUCUUGUCUUGCAAGGUGGUCUGUGAUGAAAAUGGAUCAAAAGGUUAUGGAUUUGUCCAUUUUGAGACCCAGGAGGCAGCCGAACGAGCAAUUGAUAAAAUGAAUGGCAUGCUUUUGAAUGAUCGUAAAGUAUUUGUUGGCCGUUUUAAAUCUCGCAAAGAAAGAGAAGCUGAACUUGGUGCUAGAGCCAAGGAAUUUACAAAUGUGUACAUCAAGAACUUCGGUGAAGACAUGGAUGAUGAACGCCUCAAGGAGCUGUUUGGCAAAUAUGGACCUGCCCUCAGUGUUAAAGUUAUGACUGACGAUGGUGGGAAGUCCAAAGGAUUUGGAUUUGUCAGUUUUGAGCGGCACGAGGAUGCUCAGAAGGCUGUUGAUGAAAUGAACGGUAAAGAUAUGAAUGGCAAAGCCAUCUAUGUGGGUCGUGCCCAGAAGAAAGUUGAGCGGCAGACAGAGCUUAAACGCAAGUUUGAGCAAAUGAAGCAAGAUCGCAUCACCAGAUACCAGGGUGUUAACCUUUAUGUAAAAAAUCUGGAUGAUGGCAUAGAUGACGAGCGACUUCGCAAAGAAUUUUCCCCUUUUGGCACCAUUACAAGUGCUAAGGUCAUGAUGGAAGGAGGGCGCAGUAAGGGCUUUGGCUUUGUAUGUUUCUCCUCUCCUGAAGAAGCAACCAAAGCUGUAACAGAAAUGAAUGGCAGAAUUGUGGCAACAAAACCCCUGUAUGUUGCACUGGCUCAGCGUAAAGAGGAGCGUCAGGCUCAUCUGACUAAUCAGUACAUGCAGAGGAUGGCAAGUGUCAGGGCUGUGCCUAAUCCGGUCAUCAAUCCCUACCAGCCACCACCAUCAAGUUAUUUCAUGGCUGCCCUUCCACCGGCACAAAACCGUGCUGCAUAUUAUCCAGCUGGACAGAUUGCACAGCUUAGACCAAACCCUCGCUGGACCGCACAAGGUGCCAGACCACACCCAUUCCAGAACAUGCCAGGAGCCAUCCGCCCUGCUGCUCCACGUCCACCGACCUUCAGCACAAUGAGACCAACCUCUUCUCAGGUCCCACGCGUUGUUUCAGCUCAGCGUGUUGCUAACACUUCAACACAGACAAUGGGUCCUCGUCCUGCAACUGCUGCGGCUGCUGCAGCUGCAACGUCAACAGUACGAACUGUCCCGCAGUACAAGUAUGCUGCUGGUGUGCGCAAUCCACAGCAACACCUUAACACUCAACCACAAGUUGCUAUGCAGCAGCCUGCUGUCCAUGUUCAGGGUCAGGAACCCUUGACUGCUUCUAUGCUGGCUGCGGCACCUCCCCAAGAACAAAAGCAAAUGCUUGGUGAGCGCCUUUUCCCACUGAUCCAAGCUAUGCACCCGACUCUUGCUGGAAAGAUCACUGGAAUGUUGUUGGAGAUUGACAAUUCUGAGUUACUCCACAUGCUUGAGUCACCAGAGUCCCUUAGAUCAAAGGUUGACGAAGCAGUCGCCGUCCUUCAAGCCCAUCAAGCCAAGGAAGCUGCACAGAAGGCAGUUAACAAUGCCACUGGAGUGGCAGCAGUCUAA